UCCGAAUAACCAUGGACUUGAAGACUGAAGUUACGGCUUUCGAACUCCGACACAGUAGUCUAUAAGUACUGCUUAUCUCCAUUGUCUUCACAAUCACCAAUAGCCCAAUAAACAACGUUCGCACUCAGAAGGACUUGGAUGCGAAGACAUCAGUGCCUGGGACGAAAAGAUUGGUGAUCCAAGAGAAAUGUCUAGCCAAAUACUGGCGCAUCACUUUGGGGAAAUUCCAGGAGCACCUGUCGGGACGACAUGGGCGACUCGCAAAGAAUGUUAUAAUGCCGGCGUGCAUCUUCAAUCAGAGCCUGGUAUACACGGCACUAAGGAAAUGGGCGCAUUCUCGAUUGUCGUCUCGGGUCAAUACAAAGAUGACAAGGAUGAGGGGGACACGAUCAUUUAUACAGGUUCAGGGGGUCACGAGCCCAGUGAUCGUACGCGCGAGCAGGUCCGUGACCAGGAAUGGACGGAUUUUGGAAACGAAGCACUUCGUAAAUCUUCCGAAACAGGCAACCCCGUGCGCGUCGUUCGGGGCUACGAGCUCGAAUCUGAAUUUGCGCCCUGGGAAGGCUUUCGUUAUGAUGGCUUGUACACUUGUACACGUGCGUGGCAAGAAAAGAACAGAGACGGUCAUUAUGUCAUCUGUCGUUACCGAAUGGAGAGAGUUCCAGGUCAAUUACCCUUACGCCGUCGUUCGACGAAUUUCCCUCGUUACAGGCUAUUACCAGGCGAAGUCGUGCAGCCGCCAGCGCCAAUGCCGCCCCCAGUAACUCCCCGUCAAAGAAUCAUGCAGCAGAUUGGGGCCUUGGUAGAUAGUGAUCAACGAACUCACGGCCCCUCCAAAGAGCUCCACCGUUGAGCUCGCUUGUGAACGUGGAAAGGGAACGAGGAACUUGUACGAUAACCCUCGAGUGAAAGUGUGA